GCAGGAAAGGGAGCGAAGAGGAGCGUGGAAGCCGCCAUGUUUGUUAGGGGCAUUGAAGUUCUGAAACAUGGGUAUAUAAUCCGAUCUGAUACAACAAUGCCCUGAGCUUUGCCCGCGCUGUGAUGUGCGCUCUGGAGCUGUGAGGAGGAGAGGGUGACGCACUGACCAGAGAACUGCACAGAGGAGGACACAGCCAUGGUGCAGACGUGCUCCGCAUACGGCUGUAAAAACCGCUACCACAAAGACAAAGAGAUCUCAUUCCACAAGUUCCCUUUGGCGCGACCGGACAUCUGCGACAAAUGGGUUUCAGCCAUGAGACGAGACAACUUCAGACCGACCAAGUACAGCAGCCUGUGCUCCCAGCACUUCACCCGGGACAGCUUCAAGAGGGAGUGCAACAACCGCGUCCUCAAGGAGCACGCCGUGCCCUCAGUCUUCUUCUCCUGCCUGCGCAUCAAGAACGAGUGCCUGGAGUCUUUCCCACCUGAGUUGCAUUUACCCCUGCCCUCUAACCCUGGGGAGCAGGGGGAGGAGCCAGUGUCACAUGUCCAGUCAGUGGCAGUGUCAUGUGACCACAACUACACUGCAGAGGACUCUGUGCGGCAGAAGAAACGCAUCGAGCAGCUGGAGGAGCAGGUGGCGCAUCUGCGCAAACGACUCAAGAGCAACCAGCAGAAGUGCAGACGCCAGGAGAGGCACAUUCGACGUCUGCACACCACUUUAGGUCUGCCUGCGCAGCCAACAGGGCUGGACCAGAAAUGACCUGUAAAGUCACAUUUAUGUUUGCCGAGUUCUCAAAUUGCAGUACGCAGACUCCAGUGUGGAGGAAAUUUAAGUAUUCAUGUUGUGUCUUUAAAAGCAUUUGAUCUGUGUCUGUCAGACCCAGACCAGACAUUAACAUGUGUGAAGCUCUGUCUCCAUCCCACAGGAAACUCACUGUUCUACCUGUCUAAGUGUAAAAGUUCAUUAUCAUAUGGGUGUGAAACAAAAGUCACUCUGGUUUCAAAUAUGUGUAGCAUUGUCAUUCUGGUAUAAAACAGUCAGAGCUCAGAUGCUCAGGGGGUUGAGACUUGGACUUAGACUGAGGGGGGAACUGGGGGAGAGGCCGGGAGGCUACCAGUCUGUGUCCAGGGUAGGCCAGGGCCCUGUCCUGUCUGUAUCUGCUGUAACAAACAAUAAACCUUUUUUUUCUGUUUUUCAAAAUUCACCGAGCUUCUCAAAUGGAUUACUUUUCAUCUAGAACUGUAAUUUUCUACAACAGUAAUGGUGUCAGAAGAGUGGGAUCCACGAGUGGUCGUCCAGAACACAGUGAAGAUGGACUUUUGUCUUCCUUUUGGUUUCUGUCCUGACGCAUGAAUCUUUCAAGGAAGAACAUGGAUAAACAUUGGUUUCUGUCCUGGAUCACCACCACUGGAUUCAAACAAGGUUUACUUGGUGAACAGACUUCUUUCCAUUUGAAAAGGAAAUCUUCAUCUACAAAGACUGGUAAAUCAAAGAACAAUGCAUUUUGGAAAUGCAAAAUGCUUAACUAAACAUACCCAAUGGCCAUAGUUCUGAUCCUAUACCAUUGGUGAUUCAUCUCACAACUUUUCAGUCUUUUUGGCUCCAAAAUCUCACGUGUGUGCCACCAUGCUGCCCUAACGACGUGCUGCUAAUACAAUCCAAACAACAAUGGUCCUCCCCACUCCUGAUUUCCUCAUUUUUAGGACAUAGUUGACAGACUGCUCCUCCUCUUAAGCCACUGAAACUAAGAUAUUGGAAGUUAUGAAUGCCAAAACAUCUAAAAUGUGGAGCAAAACUUCAAGAGGAUCUGGACAGAAAUGCAUUCCAACUGAGGAGCCCUGCUGUGCUGACUGUGCCCAGUCACUAGCCCCGCCCCUGAUCCAGGUCUAGUCCAUGGGACUGUGAUGACUAGCUCCACCUGUGACUAAACUGUGAGACACUGUGUAAAGCUGAACAUGUUUUGCUGCACUUUGCUUUAUAUAAUAUCUAGUAUUGGCUCCUAUUUGAAUUUAUUCUCUAGAAUGAGGUUUAGGAGUCAUUACAGUUAACUACCAAACAGUCAUGGGUGAAAUUCCCCUCUAGUUGUAACUUACUAGUAAAUAGUCAAACGGGUGGAAGUCCAUGAUAUUUAGCGAACAGUCACUAGGUCAAACUCCUGUCUAGGGUUACUAACUGGUAAAAGGCAAAAGGGUGAGAGUCCCUGUGUAGGCGAGCGUAAGGACGAUGAACUUUUUUCAUGAGGGAGAGUAAAUUCAGCAGUGCAUCUGGGUCUAAGAAUGGAGAAAUUAUGUGCAAAAUGCAGACAAAUGUAAGUUUACGUUAUGUCAACAGUCUGCUCUAAUUCACUCACAAUGUUAAGUGUGAAGAGAAAAAAAAUAAAAACAAAAACUGAAAAAAAAAGAAAAUGGUUAAGUACAGAGUGUGACACAAGAAGUCAAUGGUGCAUUUGUGUGUCCUUAGACCUGAUCAGUCAAACUGGUGUGAAUUAUGUGACAUCAGAAAAUGUGUGUAACAGCUAAACCAUUGUAAACCGUGUCAACAAGAAAAUGACAGGAUGCAGUUUCAAAUGAUCCACCCAUUUCCUACAUUUCUUUGUUUCUUUAUAUUUCCUUUUUGAAAAAUUUUGUAUUUAUUUAGUUGUUGUUUUUUGCCUCAUCACUGCAGUGAGUUUAAUGAUAUACAUGUCCUAAGAAAAGUCCAGCUGGAACCAAAAACCCUCCUCAAUUGUAAUUAGAAAGAAGAAACCGAAUUCUUCCACGAAUUCCCCAAAAUGUUAAAGAGCUCUCUUAAAAACUAAAUGAAGGCCUAAUCAAAGCAGGUAGUGAUCACAAAUCCAAACUGACUUGACUGACUUGACCAUGCUUGACGACAAAGCGCCUGCAAUUUCGUUAAUAAUUGUUUUUGUUACAGGAGAUGCAGAUGCUGCAUAAUUUCUCUUCUUUUUUCUUUACAUGUUCCUUUGAAAUAAUCACACAGUAACAACACUAACCCUAACCAAUAACAGUUUUGGGCUUUACAAAAUGUUUCUUUCAGAUCAUUUUAAGUGUUCCCUUGCAGCAGAAGACAACUAAGCCACAACUGACACAUGUAUAUAUAGACAUAAAUGUGUCAACAAAAUUUACAAAUAAAAUGUUUGUUUUCAAAAGUG